AUGCAACAGAACAGCUGUUAUUUUAUAGUGUUGGCAAGCGCAAUCAGACUAUACAUUACGUUAGUUGGCAACACCACUGGAUUACGUUUUCACUUUUCAUAUUUGUUUGGAGGCAUAAAUAUCUCCCGAAGCUAGUCAUUAACACUUCAUUGCCAAAAAUGCUGACAGCACGCUCAAGUCUAUGGCCGCGUCUACCCCUGCUGCGCAGAUGCUCCACAACCUCUGUGGGCCAGCAGAAAGAAGCAGCUGAAGCGCUUCACGACCCUCUCCAGGUGGCCGCUCUGAAGGAACAAUGUAUUUUGGUGGACGAGAAGGACAAAGCCAUUGGGGCUGCAUCUAAGGCGGACUGCCACCGAGUCCAUGCAGAGACGGGGGAGGUGAAGCUACAUCGUGCUUUCAGCGUCUUUCUCUUCAACAGCAAGGGCGAAAUGCUGGUGCAGAGGCGCUCUGUACAUAAGAUAACUUUCCCAGACACGUAUACGAAUGCCUGCUGCAGUCAUCCCUUGCAUGACAUAAAGGAGGAGCGUGAGGAGUCCAACGCUCGUGGAAUACGCAAAGCAGCACAACGGCGCCUGAAUUAUGAGCUGGGAAUACCGAUCGAAGAGAUCCAGCCGGAGAACUUUCACUACCUGACUCGAAUACACUACGCUAACAAGGGCGACGGGGUGUGGGGUGAGCACGAGAUCGACUACAUACUGUUCCUGCAAAAGGACGUUACCUUGAAGCCAAACAGCAACGAGGUUAGUGAGGUGCGCUUUCUAAAACGAGAUGAAAUCGACAAUGCUGUGUCUCAGUUUAGUGCACCCAUGACUCCCUGGUUCGCACUCAUUUUACGUCAUCGUCUUAAACAGUGGUGGGACAAUUUGCAUAGACUGAAACAGUUCGAGGACUUGCAUAAUAUACAACGCUUUUAAAUGAAACAAUAUACAUAAGCAUAUAUAGUAAAUCUCAUAGUCGAUGUUUUUUGAAUUUUUAUUUUAAAUUCGCUUUAUUCAAAUGGAAAAUAGUUUAUGUAUGUAUGUGUGAAUGUGUGCAAACAAAGAGCACAAAGCGGUUUUCAUGUGUAACUCAAUCGGUUAUCAGUUCAGUGGGUAUGAGUGGGGCUUAUAUAUAUGUAUAUAUACGUAGAUAUAGUUUUGUAUAACAAAAUAUAUAUGUGCAUGUUGUAUGAUGCCAUAGCACUAACCCUUA